AGCAGGUUAGCAUGCAACAUUAGCUGUUGAGCUCCUCUCAUACAGGCUGCAGUUCUCGCUGUGAACGCAGGUGGCAGCAGAGCUCCGCUAUGCCCCAGCAGAAGAAGCCUGGGACCGGAAACUAAACAGCAGCAGAGGGGCGCGCGGCGGGAGAACAUCAAUAACCUGCUGCCGGUCUGAGGCAGCGACCCCCCUUCAGGGACCCGGAGCGAAGGAGCAGCGGAGGUUGGAGCGGAGCGCUGCCAGGAUCCCCGCUUCCUGCUGCGGAGCUCUGAGGCUAACAGGCUAGCACUGCGGCUAACCGGAAACUGACCAAUCGGACACGUCAGCAGCUCGUGCAUCUGUUGAUAAACGGACCGGGUCAGAACCGAACCUGUCGGACAUCAGUGAACGGAAGCUUUAGUUAACUUCAUGCGGUCAGGGACUGGAAGCUAACUGGUUAGCCAGGCGGGUAACUGAGCUGGUUCCUGAUUGGUCAGCGGGUAGAUCCAGGGUUCCGGUUCUUCUGUCAGGUCAGAGCAGAACUUUGAUUCCAGAUGUAGAAAUCCUAUAAAUUCAGAUACUUUCGACUGAAACCGGAAGCUAAUGUAAACAGUGAAAGCGGAUUAAGAAGCUUCGUGUCAGCAGGCUCAUGGACCCUGGAAGCCCCGCCUCAUUACCGUUGGUUACAGCAUGGAGCCCUCUGAUUGGACAGACGCCCUGACCGCCCUGCUUCCAGGUGUGCCGUCAGGAUGCCCCGCCCCUCUGAUGAAGGUCACCAGAAGAAGGCGGAGCCUCCCAACAGGAGGUGGGCGGAGCCAGAGGCCGGUCCGUCCAGGUGUGAGCCCGGCAGGCAGGGUUACUGCGGUUACUGCAGGGUCCUCUACACCCACCUGGAGCAGCACCUGUCCAGCCUCAGACACCUGGACGCAGUCAGCACGUCCUCCAGAGGCUCCUCCCCCAGGUCCUCGUCCAGGAGCGGACUGACGCUGCUGGAGCGCUUCCUGCAGGACGUCCAGGAGCACCACCCCCAUCGCUACGGCGACGGCAGGCCGUCCCACGCUGACCUCCCCUCCGUCUCCACCCCUCUGCUGCCAAAGGUGGAGCUGGAUGAGCUCUGUUCCUCAGACAGCGACAGCUCCGCCCCCCCCUCUGACCAGCCGCCCAGGGAGGGGGAGGAGGGCAGCCAAUCAGGAGACAGAGCUCAGCAGGACAGGCUGUCCUCUCCAUCCAGGGAACCUGGCCCUCCAUGGCCCAGAGGCCCACAGGCUCCGACUCCGCCCCCUCAGGCUCAGACCCCGCCCCCUCAGACUCAGACUCCACCCCCUGUCCAUAGGAAGGCCCACAGGAAGACUAACAGGAGGAAACCCAGCGAGUCCUCGUCCUCCACCAGGCCCAGCCAGAGGCCAGGGACCUCCACGGACCUCCACAGACCAUCUCUGGGGCCCAGGUUCUCCACAGGGGCCCGGCCCCCCUCUGUGAGCUGGCAGAAGGUCCAGAUGGAGGAGGCGCGGGUCCACAGGGACCCUGUGGAGCAGACCAUCGAACAGGUGAUCCAGAUGUGCUGCUACAGCUGCAGCGCUCCUCCCCACCAGCAGGAGGACCACAGUCUUCCUCUCAGCCUUCCUGUCUCCAUGGAAACGCUGAGUGAAGACUGGGACGCUCCGGUGCAGGGAGUUUUCCAGAGGGCGGAGACACGCGGCGACACGGCCGUCCAGGUGGCUGGGACUGAGGGACGGCACCUGGGCCGUCUGAUGGACGUCCAGGUGGACCUGGAGGACCAGCUGUACUCCAGCCAGCUGGACUCGGCUCUGCUUGGCGGUGGGAUCAAGCAGGACCAGGGGUUCUGGAACAUUCCUAUAGAGGAUGUCCUCCCGGUCCCACAACAUAUCCCCAAGUCCUUCAGGGGAAAGACCUGGACCCAGAUCGAACAGGAGGACGAGGAGAGGGUGGAGAGACUGGUCCAACAGUUCAGACGUGGAAAAUUCAUCUGCUACUUUGACAGCGAGUCCCUGGCCAGGUUUGGUCGAAGCAGCAGGAGGAAGAAGGAGCUGACGGAGGCGGCAGAACCAGACUUGGACCUGCUGCCCUUGGCGGCUCGCGAUGAGGAUGACUCUGCCUGUGUGAGGAAGAGGAGGCGGGGCUUCCGACUGGCGUCCAGGUGCCAGGUGGUGAAAGUUAGUCACAGCACUCAGACUGUACGAAUGGUCAUCCCGACUGUCCAUCAGCUGUCCUCAGAGGCUCCGCCCCCAAACCUCCCUGCAGCCAAUGAGAGGACCCCAGAGACCCAGAUGUUGCAUUCUCUUCCUCCUUGCUACUCCAGCAUUGUCAGCCCUGUUCAGCCACGCACCUCUCUGAUCUACUUGCUCUGUGGCCCUCCCUGCUCCGUUCCCACGUCACCUGAAGGCUCUGCCCCCAAACGCUGCCGCAGGCGGCGCCGUCCUGUCGACCUGCAGCGCUUCAAGGAUGAGGACUCAGCGAUGCUUACUGUGGCAGCGUCUCUGCAGAUUCUGGAUCUUCAUGGCGGUCCUGCAGACGGACAGACGGGCCUCAUUCAUGGCUUCUGCUCCUCAAACAGGAAAAAACAAACCUUUGAUCUCAGAGCCUCUGGUUUCCAUUCAGUUGGAGUGGGGAAAGGAUGGGAGCGUCCUGUAGAGCUUCAGUCAGUCAGCAUCUAGAAGAGAGGAUCCCAUUGGUCCAUCCAGGGAAACCAUCUGCUCACCUUUACUGGAUCACUGAACUGUGGCUGCAGAACCAGAACCUCAGGAAGCUCAUCCUACUAGAGCAGGGGACCCACUGCUGAUCAAUGAUGAAUGAAGGAGUCACCUUUCAUCACUGCACCUGUUGCCUGGCAACCAAUCAGCAGCCAGCAGGACUGACCAAUCAUGAGCCAGGAACACUACGACCUCAGGAUCAACCAGCCUGGACCAGAACCCUCUGAAACCGGGCCGCAGGGUUCAGCAGAACCUCAGCUCAGAUUGACGGUUCUGUUAGUGAACUGGACCAGUACCAGACUGUUCAUUAGUUCUAAUCAGCUGGUUCCUGUUGGUUCUGGAACCGACUGCCUCAUACUGGUUUCCACCCUUUUCAGUGGUUCUAACUAUAGUUCUGCUGCUAUAGGCUUAGACUGCUGGAGGACAUAGGGACCCCUUUUUCAUCAUUCUGCUUCAUUCUAUCUCUAUUCUCCC